CUGCAAGGUGGAAGAUGCAACAAUGGUCUUGAGAACAGCAGGAAGUGUGUUGGUGGUCUUUCUCUGGUCUGUAGCAGACCUGCAGGUGAAGGUGACCACUACAUGGUGGUCAACUACACUGACCUGUAGCACCACCUGUACUCUGACUGGUAACCCCACCUACACCUGGUACAGGAACAGUAAGAUUGUACAAGAGUUCUCCCCCUCGUACACAUUCUACUUUAAAACUGAAGACAGCUUCUACUGUGCUGUAAAGGGCAUAAAUUCUCCUGCAGUGUACGGCCCAAAGAACACCUCAGUGUCAGUCAGUCCCUCUGGUGAAAUAGUGGAGGGCAGUUCAGUGACUCUGACCUGCAGCAGUGAUGCCAACCCACCUGUGGACAAAUACACCUGGUACAAGAAGAACGUAACCUCACCAAAAGCAUCAGGACAGAGUUACAACAUCACUAACAUCAUCUCUGAGGACAGAGGAGAAUAUUACUGUGAGGCUGAGAAUAAAUAUGGACGUCUCAUCUCUUCUUCUGUGUCUGUGGACGUUCAGUGUAAGUUCACCUAACCUUCAUCUAUUCAU